UCACAGACACACACAGACCCAGGCAGAGGUUGCACGUCCGCUCGGGGAGAGAGCUCACACCGCAUAGCGCUACAGCCGCCUGACACCGACAGUCAUACCCCACACUCAUGUCAAAUGGACGUCUCCUCUGUUCACGCCUUUUGACACUGGAAGGUGCUCUCGUAGCUACACGAGAAACCCCUCAUCCCCCGGCUUGUUUUCUUAGGUAACUGUUUUUUUCUCGACGACACAGAGAGCCAUACUCCUUCCUCCAUCGUUAGCUCGCUAAGCUAGCUAGCCCGCUAACUUAGCAGUGAUACUUUGUACCGAGUCGGUGUCAGUUUUGGUGCCUGCGGGACUCUUGCGCCACGGCGGCGGAUUGAGGUGACCCAUCACUCUAGGGAGCAUGUAUGAGUGACGCGCAAAAGAGGAAGUGGGAUCUCUGAAGCUCCGCCCCCUCUACUGGUGGAGCACCCUGCACAUCUGACCAGAGACCCCUUAAGUCACUUUGAAAGGAUGCGGAGGUUCGCCUACUGUAAGGUGGUUUUGGCCACUUCUUUGGUCUGGGUGAUGCUGGACAUGUUCAUUCUGCUCUACUUCAGCGAGUGCAACAAGUGUGACGACAAGAAGGAGAGAGGACUGCCCGGGAGAAACGACCCCCUGUCCAGACCGCGAGACGGGCCCGGUGAAGGGGGGAAACCUGUAGUGAUCCCUAAAGAGAACCAGGAGAAAAUGAAGGAGAUGUUUAAGAUCAACCAGUUCAACCUCAUGGCCUCAGAGAUGAUUGCUCUCAAUCGCUCGCUGCCUGACGUCCGCCUAGAAGGGUGCAAGAACAAGUUGUACCCCGAUAAUCUUCCUCGCACCAGCGUUGUGAUUGUAUUUCACAAUGAGGCUUGGAGCACGCUGCUGCGAACCGUCCACUCGGUCAUUGACCGCUCUCCACACACACUGCUGGAGGAGAUUGUCCUUGUGGAUGAUGCCAGCGAGAGAGAUUUCCUCAAACAGCCGUUGGAGAAGUAUGUGAGAAGAUUGGAAGUCCCUGUCAAAGUAGUAAGGAUGGAGCAGCGAUCCGGACUCAUUCGUGCUCGCCUCAAGGGAGCGUCCAUCUCCACUGGCCAGGUCAUAACCUUUCUGGAUGCUCACUGUGAAUGCACAACAGGGUGGCUAGAGCCUCUGCUCGCCCGCAUCAAACAAGACAGGAAAACAGUGGUGUGCCCCAUUAUUGACGUUAUCGGCGAUGAUACUUUUGAGUACAUGGCGGGAUCUGACAUGACAUAUGGAGGAUUCAAUUGGAAGCUCAACUUCCGCUGGUACCCUGUACCUCAGCGGGAGAUGGACCGCCGCAAAGGAGACCGCACUCUGCCUGUCAGGACUCCCACCAUGGCAGGCGGCUUGUUCUCCAUAGACAGAGAUUAUUUCCAGGAGAUUGGCACAUAUGACGCAGGCAUGGACAUCUGGGGUGGAGAGAACCUGGAAAUCUCUUUCAGAAUUUGGCAGUGUGGUGGGACUCUAGAGAUUGUCACAUGCUCUCACGUGGGUCAUGUGUUCAGAAAGGCGACGCCCUACACAUUUCCCGGAGGAACGGGACAGAUCAUCAACAAAAACAACCGGCGUCUAGCAGAAGUUUGGAUGGAUGAAUUUAAAAACUUCUUCUACAUCAUCUCUCCUGGUGUGACCAAAGUAGACUAUGGUGAUAUCACAUCUCGCACUGCUCUGAGGCAGAAGCUUCAGUGUAAACCCUUCAGUUGGUACUUGGAGAACAUCUACCCCGACUCCCAGAUCCCUCGGCACUAUUUCUCGCUGGGAGAGAUCCGUAAUGUGGAGACUAACCAGUGUCUGGACAACAUGGCCCGCAAGGAGAACGAGAAGGUCGGCAUUUUCAACUGUCAUGGGAUGGGAGGCAACCAGGUUUUCUCCUACACGGCCAACAAAGAGAUCAGGACAGAUGACCUAUGUCUAGAUGUGUCCAAGCUAAACGGACCUGUUAUGAUGCUCAAGUGCCAUCAUCUCAAAGGCAACCAGCUCUGGGAGUAUGAUUCUGUGAAGCUGACCCUGAUCCAUGUUAAUAGUAACCAGUGUCUGGACAAGGCCAGCGAGGAGGACAGCCAGGUGCCCAGCGUCAGAGACUGCACCCACACACGGUCCCAACAGUGGCUGCUCCGCAAUGUCACACUACCAGAAGUCUUCUGACCACACUCUGCACACUCCCCAAUGCACGCAUUCACACACACAGCGGCCCAGAAGAAGAAAUAAAGAGGAACGGACAUGUUUUUUGUUGUUUUUUUUUAAAAAAGUCGGGCACCAGGAAUGAAAAAGACUUCCCCACGAUGGGACUUGGGAAGAAAGGAGGAUGGAUUGGACGGUACUACUUCUGCCAGAUGUCAGAGGAAGGAGUGUGUUCAAGCCUCCUUAGAGUGAGAAGAGAGAGAAGCCUCCCUCUAAGAGACGAUGGCUGUUGUUUUACAUUCAUUUUGUUUGUUUUUUUAAAGAUUUUAACCGUGGAGAGUUGACUCGCUCCUGUGUGUGAAGACGAGAACUAACCGGUGGAGUCAAUCACGGCUUCUGUGGACAAGGCAGUCCACGGCUCAACUCAUUACUUAACGUUUACUGACUGCCUCUUACAGUAUGAGUGUGUGCACUUAUGUGUAUGUGUGUGUGUAUGUGUACUGAGAUGAAUGUAUGCUUCAAGAAGGGGACCGAAUUCCUCGAUUUUUUUUUUUUUUUUUUUUUUUCUUUUUCAUCUUUGUUUUAUUUAAUUUUGUAAUGGAUUUUGAAAAUGCACUUCUGUGAAGAAGGAUGUGUGUGUGUGUGUGUGUGUGUGUGUGUGUGUGUGUGUGUGUGUGUGUGUGUGUGUGUGUGUGUGUGUGUGUGAAUGAGAGAAGCUGUGGUGUGUGUGUGUGUGAAUGAGAGAAGCUGUGGUGUGUGUGUGUGUGUGUGUGCUCAUCAGAGCCACUCCUAUGGUCUAGCAGCAGUGUAUGUCUCCCUCUGGUGUUACUCUUUAGCAUUUCAUCUUACAGACUGAAGCCUCCAAGCAGGGGGACAGCACAUACACAUAAAAAAAAAAACAAGAAAAGUGAUCAUGAGGACCUGACGUCUGCCAUCAGCAGAAAUCUAGAGAUAGAGAAAUAUGAUGUUUGUGAUAUCUUAAGAUUUCUAUGUCCAGUUUUUACAUGGCUUGUCUGUUUCUACUGUUUCAGUAACCCUAGUUUGUCUGUCCGUCUCUGUUGUCUUUAAAGAUAUUUAACAUAGAGCUAACACACACACACGCACCCACUCAAAGGAUACACAAGUCUGUUACUGAUGUUCACUGCCUAUUGUAGUGUUCAAUCACAAGAAACUCCACAGUAAGGCACUACAGAGCCCCCCCCCCAAUACACACACACACACGCUGUAUACAUAUAGGAAAAAGGCUGCCUUAGCCUGAUACUUCAGUCCAUUUUGUCAUAUCGUCUUCUCAAUGACCUAAAAAAAAAAAAAAAAAAUAACACUCCAAGGGCUUCUUUCCUCCAGUGGAGUGUGUGGAUGUUUGCAUUUGUGUGGGUGUGAGCGUGUGUUUCUUCAGUACUAAUCCCAGUACAUUAGCUCCCUGUUUACUAGAACAAACAGCACUCCUGAUUCCUCGCUAUUGGACAAGCAAGCACCCGUAGCGCGGACUGGCAGCAGAUUAGCAUAUCCCUGCUUCCUCCGUCGUACUAAAAGCGAAACGCUGUUAUUUUCUAAACAGAGCCGGGCCCCUGCACUCCCCCGUGGACGUAUCUACAGCAGGAAUGUGGCUUCACUAUGAGAAUUAAUCAGGGACAGAAUAAAAGCUGUAGAGAGUCAAAAGGAGUGAAAGGGUUGAACUGUGGAUUGCAGAGAGCACAGCAGAUGACAUAUCUUAAUCCAUUACUACGUUUCUCUCAGUUGGCAAGCUCACCUGCAGUAUUUUAUUAUUCAUAUCUCAGUCAGAGGUAAUGUGCAUCUUUUUCAUUUCCACUAUCACGCCGCCUUUCUUUUUUUUUUUUUAAUCACUCCUGCUGCGAGUCAGGGCACGAGGUGAUUUCAAAAAAAAGAUUUUUAAACAUUUCAGCUUCCUCCAAUGGAGGAAGGGUUUACACAAAGGACACGACAUCAGUUCAUCUUUGCUGUGGACAUGGCAGUGAGAAGAGGCCAUCAACAGAUAUAUAUAAUUUUGUUUUUCAACGUCUGAGCGAGUGACUGUGGUGAAAAUGUGAGAGGUUUUUUUCUGAUUGUGAGACAGAGACGGGAGCGUAUCGAUUGUUGUCAUUUCGAGAGACAGCAGGGUUUGAAAUGAACUGACAUGUCCAGGCUUCCACACUGAGCUGAUCCAAAUGUAGAAAAUAAAAGUGAAAUCG